GGCGGCGGGCAAGACGACGAAGGACCCGUUACGCGCAAAGCAGGUAACGGUGCUCGACCAGGUCGGAUCGGUUGGUCGCUGCAUACUGCUCCGUCUUGUCUCUCAUCCGCGAGAGCUCGGUUCGCCCUCCGUACAAGGCAGGAGGAGACCGGAACUACGUCCAAGCACGGAGUGGCGCGUGAGGUUGCGCGAAGACGUCAAAUUUCUACCCUACAUUGUAGGCUGGAAUAGCAGACGACGCGUCCCUGCUUUCGAGAGCAGAAGGCAAAUCCGAAACAAGAAGGCCGGCCUUCGUAUUCGUUCUUCAGCGCCGCUCCUGCGAGAGCGUGCUCUCGGCGUUUCCUUUUGAGUGGUCGUCUGGAAGUCAGCGCCCGGGCUUUGCCGUCCGCUAUCGGUCAGGUGGAUAACAGUUGCUCGUCCAACACCCCGCGAAGGGGGCCCAAAGGGCAGCGUCUCACUUGUGGCUGUGGCCCGAUUGAAAGGGAGGUCCUAGAUAACUUAUCUGGGGCUGAUUUCGAAUUGUUGUUCGUGCAUCGUGAAAAGGACACCAGCGCCUGCAUCACGCCUGUGUAACCCGUCGUCUGCCACGGUGUGUGUUAUACUGUGAAAGCUCCUACCAGUCGGGUUAUCGGCCGCGUCACAUCAGGACUACCUGUUCACCACUGGAUUCGGAAAGCAUAGCGCACAGUUCUGUUUCAUCAUGAAACCGAGGUGGAUGUUUCUCGCCUUAUUGGCAACUUGGUGCGCCUCAAGUACAGUCGAUGCCAGGAGACCACUGCGCAAAGUCAGCCUCACAAGUCCUUCGGUACCCAGCGGUGGCAACACGGGCAAGAAGAUCGUCUGCUACUUCACCAACUGGGCACAGUACCGCCAGGGUGAUGGCAAGUUCCUACCCGAGGACAUUGACCCGACGCUGUGCACGCAUAUAAUCUACGCCUUCGGCUGGAUGAAGAAGCACAAGCUGUCCUCCUUCGAUGCCUCCGACGACACCAAGAACGGCAAGAAGGGAAUGUACGAGAGGGUCAUCGACCUCAAGAAGAAGAACCCCAACCUCAAGGUCCUUCUCGCUGUCGGCGGCUGGUCAUUCGGCACCCAGCGUUUCAAGGAGAUGGCGUCCAACAGCUACAACAGGCGUCUGUUCAUCUUCAGCGCCCUGAACUUCCUGCGCAGGCGCAAGUUCGACGGCCUCGACCUCGACUGGGAGUUCCCGCGUGGCACGGAAGACAAGAAGAACUUCGUCGAACUAGUCAAGGAACUUCGCGAAUCCUUCGAGGCCGAGUCCAAGGAGAAGAAGCUGCCCCGACUGCUGCUCACGGCCGCCGUGUCAGCGGGCGCCGAGACCAUCCGGGGCGGCUACGACGUGCCCGCAGUGGCCGCCUACGUGGACUUCCUCAACGUCAUGUCGUACGACUUCCACGGAAAGUGGGAGAGCGUCACGGGACACAACAGCCCGCUGUACGCUCCCGCCAACGAGAGCACCUGGCGGAAGCAGCUGUGCAUGGACUUCGGCGUGAAGACGUGGGAGCGCCUUGGUGCUCCCAAGGACAAGAUCGUGGUGGGCACGGGCACCUACGGCCGCACCUUUACGCUGACGAACCCCAAGAAGAACGGCAUGAACGCCCCAUCUUCGGGCGGAGGCGAUGCCGGAGAGUUCACCAAGGAGGCUGGCUUCCUCGCUUACUACGAGAUCUGUGAUAUGCUAAAGAAGGGCGCCGACUACGUGUGGGACGACGAACAGCUUGUGCCUUACGCUUACCUUGGAAACCAGUGGGUUGGCUUCGACGACGAGAGGAGUAUCCGGGCGAAGAUGAACUGGAUCAAGUCGAACGGCUACGCCGGUGCCAUGGUCUGGACCGUGGACAUGGACGACUUCCGAGGUCGCUGCACGCCCAAGACCUGGCCUUUGAUCGGCGCCAUGGCCGAAGAGCUUCUUAACAGGCCCAGCCGUGGACCUAAGAACGUGCUGCCCAUCGGCAAGAAGCCGCGCACCAUCUCUUCCAAAACGACGCCGACCACUGAGACACCCGGUUCCAUCAAGAGGAUUGACGACCCCAAGUCGGCCCCGUCCAGUGUGCCCGUCAAAGACGAGGCUCCCGAGCCUGACACCAAUGCCCGCGUGGUCUGUUACUUCACCAACUGGUCGGCCAAGCGCAAGGGCAAAGGCCACUACGAGCCGGAGGACAUCGACCCGACGCUCUGCACGCACGUCAUCUACGCGUUCGCCAACAUCACGGAGUUCAAGAUCGUGUCCACUGAGCCCGUGGACGAAGGUGACGGCGGCGCCAAGAAGGGCUUCUGGGAGAGGAUCGUGGGCCUCAAGAAGAAGAACCCGCUGCUCAGGGUCAUGCUGGCCGUCGGCGGCUGGAUGCUGGGGUCCGCCCCCUUCAGGGAGGUCACCGAGAACACCUACAGGCAAUCCCUGUUCGUGUUCAACGCCAUCGACUUCCUGCGGGAGAAGGGCUUCGACGGCCUCGACGUAGACUGGGAAUUCCCUCGGGGUGUUGAGGACAAGAAGAGACUGGCUGGACUCAUCAAGGAACUUCGCGUAGCCUUCGACGGCGAGGCACUGGCGUCCAAGAAGCCCAGGCUCAUCCUCUCCAUGGCAGCACCGGCCAGCUUCGAGGCCAUCUCCGCCGGAUAUGACGUUGAGGAGUUGAACAAGCACGUGGACAUGAUCAACAUGAUGACGUACGACUUCCACGGAGACUGGGAACGCCAGGUGGGACAUCACAGCCCGCUGUUCCCGCUCUACACAGCCAGCAACUUCCAGAAGAAGCUCACUGUGGACUACAGUGCGGGUGAGUGGGUGCGCAAGGGUGCCAGCAAGGAGAAGCUGCUGGUGGGCAUCCCGACGUACGGGCGCACUUUUACCCUGGGAGACAACAACCUCACCGACAUCGGGGCACCGUCCAUCGCCGGCGGGAAGCCCGGCAACUACACGGGCGAGACGGGCUUCCUUUCCUUCUUCGAGAUCUGCGAUCUGCUGCGAUCCGGAGCAACGCUUGUCUGGGACAACGAGCAGAUGGUUCCUUACGCCUACAAGGACGAUCAGUGGGUCGGCUUCGAUGACCAGAGGAGCCUCAAGCUCAAGGUCCAGUGGCUGAAGCAGGCCGGCUACGGAGGAGUCAUGGUCUGGUCUGUAGACCUCGACGACUUCAAAGGCACGUGCACGGGCCAAAGCUACCCGCUGCUGACGGCCAUCAAAGAGGAGCUGAAGGGAUACAAGGUUGCCAACCUGGAGGUGGCCUCUUCCAACGUCUUCAACUCUUACGGAGAGCUCGUCGAUCCCGACGAGGUCGUCUGUGACGAGGAGGACGGCCACAUCAGCUACCACCUGGACAAGAAGGACUGCACCAUGUACUACAUGUGCGAGGGAAAGCGGCGCCACCACAUGCCGUGCCCCACGAACCUCGUGUUCAACCUCAACGAGAGCGUGUGCGACUGGCCGGAGAACGUCGACGACUGCAAGCACGUCGCCAAGAAGUCCUAGUAGUCCGGCCCGCCUCGCGUCUUUUAAAGAAAAAAUUACGCUACCUUGUCGUCGUCGUCGCCCUCGUUGCCCAAUAUGAACACCGUAUCGACGCGUAGCACUUUGUGGAACUGUGUUUUGCGCUAACAGCCCGUUUACAGGAACUUUCACCGGCAUUCUGUAGAUGUGUUUUUCAGAGGCUGUAUUAGUUUCGGCCAGUCCCUUGUUUUACUGACUGUUGAAUUAGCUUUCCGGCAAAUUAGUCGGUCAUUAUUGCCACGGUGUAGUGAGUUUCAAAUUUAUCAGUUUGGUGUGCGUAGGAAGUCGCGGAUUCCACGUCACAGAUUGAGACAUGGCUGCACUAACGAGCGAGAACAAAAUUGACAUUGCAAUCAAGAGAGAGCCUUUGGCCUGUGCCCCGUGCACACUGGGUUCGUUUGAGUAGUGACUAGAUUUGCCAUUAGUGAGACAAGGUAAAAAAAGUUCACUUUUGAAUGGGAACUCUGCCAAAUAGAAUCUCUGGGUGGUCAGUGCCCCCGAUCUUCGAACUCUUGGAAAUGUUUAGUGGACCCCACCAGCAGGGACGUCUUCAUGAUUCGUUUAACCACUUGCAAAGCGGCUGCAUAGCUGUACAUUGGGUUUAGUAAGCAAGGAAGCUGUGCUUUCGGAGCACAGCAUAAUUGAUUAACGUGGCACUGCGCGCACUGCGCGCACUGCGCAGCACUUUUAUAGAGGGUUUGAGGAAUUCGUGCAAUAAUUUCUUGAAUUAGGAGAAGGGCACAUUUUUGUAGCUGGUCAUAGAGCGAGAAAUGAUGUCAUUUGCGCGUGUGAAAAUUUUGUUUCGCUUAAAACACGUGUUUCCGUUCGCAUUUGCAGUGCCGCACAAUUUUAGCUCGCUGCAAUCAUUCCCAUGAGGCUUCGCGCGACGACGACAGACAAUAAUAAGCAUCAGAAUUAAAUCUCUCUAAGCGGUGGAGCGGGUGACGUGAAAUGUUCAUAUGGCACCGCUGGUGGCUGAGGGCCUUGUUAUCCAGCUCCGUCUUUUUCCGCCAUCGUCUCGUAUAAUAUACGCUUGCGUCGGAGCGUCGAUUUGGUGGUUCGCAAAAGAAGAACACUGCCUUUCAGAAUUGUAGCCGAGUAGGCCGUUAGCUCGACGCUGCUCCGGGGGGGGGGGGAGGGGGGGGUCUGCAAUGGCGAGCACUGUGGCGCGAUCAUCGAGAGACUCGUAUAAUUAUGCCACCUGCAGGAAUGCGUUUCUCGUUGCCGCCUAAGUAUCUAGAGCUCAGACAUUUCUUGACGGAGAAUUUGAUUUUCGCGUUCUUGCUUAGGAUUCUUGUGCUGUUUCGCUGUCAUUCAAAUUCAAGUAUCCAACUGUGCAGCAUUCUAUCGUGUAUUGUUCGAUGUAGGAAACACAUAACCUGUGCCUGAUUGAACGUUUGUGCAGUACGGUGCUCUGUGCUGUGUUAAAUGAACUAGCCAAUAGCAUAGGUUUGAGUUAAUGGAACCGUUGCACUCUUUAUUCUUCAUUACUGAGUGUUAGCGCAUGCGUUCCGUUUCUCCACGAUAGUAAUUGCAAAAAGCAUUGAAAAUGUAUAUCUUUAUAUUUUCUUGUACUUGUUCUCCUCACCUGUCUUAGUCGUCGACAAGUCGUGGCACUUGACAAAUGAGUUAGGGCCGAUGAUGAAGUGACGUGCAACUGUAACCGUGAAGUGAGCGAUGGGACCAUCUUGCGAGACAAUGUGCCCGAAGUAUUGACAUUUAACGUACACAGUGGCUAGCGUUCCCGCAAGCCGCAUGUGUCAAACUGAACAUUCUAACCCAGAAAAAGCUGCCCUUAGGCAUGCGGCACUUGCAGUUAUGCUAGGACGAGCCGGUACUCAACAAAGACACGCGUUAUGUUCUUCUUUUCCCAAACAGUACACUAAAAGUUAACUGAAUUGCCGUCUUCUCAGAUCAACUAAAGGUGUUAUGCGAUGUUUUUCGCCAGCUUUGACUGGUGUCUUCAAGGAAGCUUCUUUCCACGAAAAUUUUUGUAAGGACUGCGUUGGUCACAAGACAAACUGAGUUAGGAUUUGUAGCCAAGAAAAACGAGCAAGGCCACCAUGACGCAGCGAAAACAUCAUCAUUCCUAGGUGGGAACCGACUAGCUGAGCAGUGUGCAUUUUAAACUCUUGUAUUUCGUCUUUAUUGAACGCCAUACUGUGUAAUAAUGUUCCUUUAGUGCUGGGUUGAUUUCAAGGUGUUCUUUGUUUUGUGGACGCAUGAAAUGACAUGUAAGGGUUCCCGUGAAAUUAUUAAUGUUUAUAGACGUAUGCCACGCAAAAUACAUUUUAGGUUACUGCACUCCGCAAAGCACAGCCAAUGUAUAGCCAGCUUAGCCACUGCCUUUGAUGUAGCAUAGCUGAGAGCUGAAAACUCACUUUGCAGCUUAGCUUGCAAGGGACCAAUGAAUGUACUUAUGCAAAAUAUCAGGGUUCAUCUGGGAAACGCAUCACACCUGUAUAGACAAGUGAAGGGAUGUAAAACUUUAAGAAAAACGAAGUGGCUUGAAAGGUUUUUUCAACUCUGACACCGUCAUUAAAAGGGGUUGGCGAAGUGUGUUUCGGGCAAGACAAGAAGAAGCAAAGCUUGUUAUACAUAUUAUACAUUUAUGUAUUGUUUUAAUACGUUGCAAGAGUAUUUUGUGUUGUAAAAGACAUUUUGUGUUAGUGUAGAAUGUGUGUGAAGCAAUCUAUAUUUCUGACGCGAGGGAACGUGGAACAGGUGUCAACGUUUUGGGGGACAUCGCAUUCCGCCAAUGCAUCUAUAUAGUUUUUCCCUCUUUGACUUCUUUUACGUCACUUUCUGUAACGAUAUGCUUAAUUUCGCCCGCUUUGGAUUGUGGGUCGUUGGAUGAUCAGUACUUGCUGAACUCAAUAUCGUUACUCAUUGAUUUCUUGGAAAGCUGCUUUAUCUUUCCUCUUUAUUUUUUCAUUUUAUUAUUUACAGACAAUGCUUUCUUCUGCGCGGAAAAACAUUUAUGCUUGAAAGCCAUUUCUGAACCUACUUUUCAAACCUAUUCGUUGUAGGUACUGCGUAUGUGCUGUGUUUGAUUGUUUUUAUUGAUUUACCACCACAAAUAGGCAGUUUUUUGCGGUUUAGAUAAGAAACCAAGCAUAGUCGGCCAUUCAUGGGUGCAAAAAGACGAAUGAUUUUUCUGAUGCGCGCAACGCUCAAAACUGUUGAACCAGCCUUCCCGAGAAACUCUUUUUUAACGGUACCUUUCUUGGGUCUGAAUAUAGAACGCCCUAUCUUAGCGAUGUUAAUCUUUCGACGUGCCGAUGGUAUUACGCACAGAAAACGCAGCGCGCAUUGUUGUACAAUAUGCCGUGCUUAUCGUUUAUCAUAGCACCCAUACCUGCAGGCUCGCUUUGUUAAUUUCUGCAUGACCUGGUGCACUGUACAAAGAAAGCAAAUCACCUUUAAACGUGGAAACUAACUGAAACGCGAGCAUAAACAGCCACAAUAAUUACCCUAAAAUCUACUUCCCGCAUCAGUAUUCAAGUGGCAGGAAAACUUUAUGUAAGUGAGAAAAUCGUGAAUGGUAUCUGACAGACAAAAUACAGUUGUCUCAGUAAAGCCGAGACCUAGUGAUAUGUUGAGUAACGCAUUGAACCCGUACGUGGAAUAACAAUAUCAGAUAUUUUUCUAGAUUGCAGAACUCGUGUUUGUUUGAACAUCUUGCCUCAAUCAUAUUUCUUCAAGGUCUUGGAACGCCGUCGCGAAGAAUAUCUGCGUUUGGAAGCAAUGCUUAUGCAACCAGAUGUUUCUAGGCUUAUUGUAAUCAAGGAACUACUAUAUUCAUUAAGCAACUAAAAAGAAACACACAAAAAGAAUGUUAAUAUAUCUAAAACCGCCAGGCGCAAUGUUGGGAAGUGUGAAAAUUUUCGAUAGGCUUUCAUUCGUGCGAUUAGUGCUAGAAGGACCUCUGCCUGUGAUACCCGGUUGGACAAAAAUUGCGAAAGUGUUCGACUUCAAGUACGCUCAGGCAAAAGGGCGAGGAAGAAUAUUGCGUUUUGUUCGUUUCAUUUAAUAAAUUUGCUGGCCAUACAAAAAGUGUCGCUUUUGACCGUAUGGACAAGACUCAGGCACCUAUUUUCUAGUUUAGUUCUCAUCAGCUAGGUCCUUGUGCCCGAUUUGCUGAGUGUGACAGUUUACCAUAGGCCAAAUAUGUUAUUUCGAAAAGGAAUGCCUCGAAUAAACAAAAGAGACGACGCGUAGAGUAGCUUAGCUUUAGUGAGAGCUGAUUAGUGAGCGAUGCAAAACGUAGACUCGUCUUGAAUCAUCAACAAUAGAAUCUUUCCUUGAAAUGAAUAACCAUCUUAUUAUGCAGCCAUUGAUUGUGGCAGAAAAAAUGGCAUGAGUACAUGCGGAUUAUUUUUUGUGCGAAGCUAUGUCUGGUUUCACGAGUCAUGUCCUUUUUUUGUGUAACACAUUUCAACAUGUGUUUAGCUCUUGUUUCCCCAUUUACGAGUUAGGUGUCCACUUUAAUUGCGAACCAUCGCCCAGUGUGUUUUCCUCAACGCGUAUAAGUAUUGGCACCAGGGCUGGCAAUUGGGCCCCACGACAAGGAGGCAGCAGUUCGCCCGGCGAACGUCUCUCUGUCGGAGUUUCUUAUUUAUUAUCACGCAUACCGCCUAUGACACUUUGCAGAUUGGGUGUGCUCUUUCUUUUAAAUCUUGUUUGUGUUUUCUCUUCUUCUCGACGUUGUUCCCUAUACCGUGUCGCGCUGCGUGCGCCCAGCCGAGUGCGAGGAACUGGCUCGACGAGGUCUCGGCACUCGAGCUUCUGUACAAAGUCGACUGCCAUAUGAGAGAAAGAAAGCGAAUAAAUACAAACAGAAAACACCAAA